CAGCCAUUUUGUUUAUGCGCCACCUCGCCAUGGCGGAGAUGGAAGACGGCGACGAGCCGGGUUUAGUGCACACACACAGCGGUUCGUCUGGAUCCAAAUCAGGGGGAGACAAGAUGUUCUCCCUGAAGAAGUGGAAUGCAGUGGCCAUGUGGAGCUGGGACGUGGAGUGUGACACCUGCGCUAUUUGUCGGGUUCAAGUAAUGGAUGCAUGUUUGAGAUGCCAGGCUGAAAACAAGCAAGAGGACUGCGUUGUGGUGUGGGGAGAGUGCAACCACUCCUUCCAUAACUGCUGCAUGUCCCUCUGGGUGAAGCAGAACAAUCGAUGCCCGCUGUGCCAACAGGACUGGGUGGUACAGAGGAUCGGCAAGUGAGAAUUUAAGCCUGGUAUCCACCCCUCCUCCAUCCACUUUGGCACUACUCCACUUAGGGAGGCAGAACUGAAUACAAGAACAUCGUUCCAGGAACUGAAUAUAAGAACAUUAUUCCAGCCACUGAAUGUGUUGCAACAUCUGUGUGCAUGCAUUUGACUGUCAGAGGGAAACAAUGGAUGUACACAGAAAUGCAGGUGACACAGGUUUUUUUAAAGAGCUUUACCCCUCUGUCACCUAAUACAGCAUUAACAAGAGGCAACCCGAAGAGUUCCAGGGAAACGGCAGAUUCACUUGGAUGUUUGUGGCAUCAUGUGUGAUGUAUCUGAAGACGUAAUAUGUAUGUUUGUAUGUGUGUGUUAGAAAUAAAAAUGAAAAUCUCAA